CGGUGACUAGACUAUCUCUGUCAGACACCGCUCAGUGACUAGACUAUCUCUGUCAGACACCGCUCAGUGACUAGACUAUCUCUGUCAGACACCGCUCAGUGACUAGACUAUCUCUGUCAGACACCGCUCGGUGACUAGACUAUCCCUGUCAGACACCGCUCAGUGACUAAACUAUCCCUGUCAGACACCGCUCGGUGACUAGACUAUCUCUGUCAGACACCACCCAGUAAGUGCCUCAAACAGACACAGACAACAGGCAGAGACACAAACAACAGCUCCUCUUUCAUUGAGAGCUAAAUGGAGACUGAGCCGGGUAUCGUGUCUCCCUUCAAGCGUGUGUUUCUGAAGGGAGAAAAGGGUAGAGAUAAAAAGGCUCAGGAGAAGACUACAGAACGCCGUGCCCUCCACACCUUCUCCCUCUCCCUCCCCGACCACCGCAUCGACCCUGACAUCCUGCUCAAUGACUACGUAGAGAAGGAAGUCAAGUACUUGGGCCAGCUGACGUCAGUACCAGGAUACCUGAACCCCUCCAGUCGAACAGAGGUGCUACAGCUCAUUGACAAUGCCAGGAAGUCCCACCAGUUGGCGGGUCAGCUUACUUCGGAGCAGGAUGCAGUGGUCAGUCUGUCGGCCUAUAAUGUGAAGCUGGUGUGGCGGGAUGGAGAGGAUAUCAUACUGCGUGUUCCCAUCCACGACAUCGCUGCCGUGGCAUACAUACGAGACGACUCACUGCACCUGGUGGUGCUCAAGACAGGUACCUAACCCCUUUACCUUUAUCCCGCUACA